GGAUAAGGGAACACAGCAGCCAUCCACUUCCCCAGUCGUCCACGAGCUGAGCACAUCCUCCUCCCCUGCCACCCGCAAGCACGGCCCCAUCCAGAAUCAAGCCAACAAUUACACAACUCCCUCGAGACAUUCCCCUUGAGCCCAAGCGGCGAAUUAGCAUUCCCAACCCACCACCACGCUCGCAAAAAUCAGCAAGAGGAUGGAGCAGGCGAAGCAGCUCUAAAACUAGAGCAGCAGCGCUAGCAGCUACCUGCACAGAAUCGAAUGGCUGCCUCUGCAUCUGCUUCAGUCGGUAGGAUGCUGCAACCAUUGUUCGCCGUCCCUUCUUCCUUCGUCUCGCCGCCGCAGCAGGUCCCUACUUUCCCGGUGCGACGACGUCCCGGCGGCGUCGCAGUACGAUGCGCGCCGAACGGCGGCGUCGCACCAGCGGACGACACGAAAUUGAAGCUCAAGGUGGGCUCUCCGAUCGUCAUCCUGGAGGCGCCCGUGAUGCUGAAGACCGCCGCGUCGGUGCCGUCGCUCCGGCACAACGGCGGCCAGGUCAAGCCCGGCGACGUCGGAAGGAUCAUGGCGCGGAAGCCCAAGGACGUCUGGGCCGUGCGCCUCGCCGUCGGCACGUACCUGCUGGACGGCAAGUUUUUCAGGCCCUUAGAUGCCGGUGAGGAAGACGACGGGUCCCCAGAUGAAUGACAAAUCGAUGCCUGCAAAAUCCGCAAUGCAAGUUUUACACACAUCUAGUUCAAAAAAAAAAAGUUUUACACACACGCCGUGCGAACAUGUCAAUAGUGAAUCGAGGUGGUUGCAAAUUGCAAUCACAGAUGUGUAACUCUAGCGCGCAGGCAUACAUCAACUGUAGAUGUAAUAUUCUUCAAGUUUAAGUCCAAGGUUCAAAGACAUUCCAACCUUGUCGCAAGGCAAUUUUCAAAGGGAGUUUCUUUUUUGAUUACCA